AUGAAGCUCAAUCCGACGAAGUUUACCUUCGGAGUUACGUCCGGAGAAUUCUUUGGCUACAUCGUCACUAAACGGGGAAUCGAAGCAAACCCAAAGCAGAUCGAUGCCCUAAUCAAUCUCCCAUCACCUCGCAACACUCGCGAGGUUCAAUGUAUCACUAGCCGGAUCGCAGGGCUUAACCGAUUCAUCUCUCGCUCGACAGAUAAGUGUCUUUCGUUCUAUCAGCUCCUCCGAGGCAAUAAGCGUUUCGAAUGGGAUAUCAAGUGUGAAGAAGAUUUCCAACAAUUGAAGGAAUACCUCGCGAGUCCACCAAUUUUAGCGAAACCUGAAACGGGCGAAACCCUUUACCUUUACAUCGCCGUAUCGAGCUCGGCGGUGAGCGGCGUCUUAGUCAAGGAAGAUCGAGACGAGCAAAAACUAAUUUUCUACGUUAGUAAAACUCUGGACGACGCAGAAAAACGAUACCCAACCUUGGUGAAACUCGCACUUGCGGUCAUCAUGUCCGCCAGAAAGUUAAGACCUUACUUCCAAUCCCAUUCAAUCGUCGUCCUUACGAAUCAACCACUUCGAACGAUACUACACAGCCCAAGCCUGUCAGGUCGCAUGGCGAAGUGGGCUGUCCAGCUAACAGAGUAUGACAUCGAAUAUCACAAUAAGACAAGCGCAAAAUCGCAGGUCCUCGCAGAUUUUCUGGUGGAGCUUCCCCCGGAACUAAUCCAGACCGACCUCCCCGACGAGAAGUGGUCCUUGUACGUCGACGGAUCUUCCUCGUCCCAAGGCGCGGGUAUCGGCAUCCGACUAGAGUCCCCGACGAAAGAAAUACUGGAGCAAUCGUUUCGACUCGAAUUUCCAGCCUCCAAUAAUGAAGCAGAGUACGAGGCCCUACUUGCGGGACUUCGUCUAGCCCAAGGGAUCAGAGUUAAGAAAAUCGAAGCUUUCUGUGACUCACAGCUCGUUGCUAGCCAAUACAGCGGCGACUACGAUACCAGGAAUGACCGGAUGGACUUGUAUCUUAAAGCCGUCAAGCACCUCACUGAUCGCUUCGAAUCUUUUCCCCUCACCAGAAUCCCGAGAAGCGACAACACGUCCGCAGACACACUGGCCGCUCUCGCUUCGACGUCCGAAUCACAUCAAAGGCGAGUUAUCCCGGUCAAAAGCAUCGAUUCCCCCAGCAUCGUCCUACCUCGAGGAGUAUGUGCUGUUCGAGAGCUCGAUGCAAGCAGCAUGGACGCCAUCGAAUUACCCCUUUCCGAUGUCGUCGAUGAGCCUGCUGAACAAGAGCCAACAACCGACGACUGGAGGAUCGAAAUCAUGCUCUAUAUUACAGAUGGCCAAGUCCCACCCGACCGAUGGGCAGCAAGGCGUUUGAAAGCUCGAAGCGCCAAAUACGCCGAAUCUUAUGCCAAAAUCCAAGCGAUCGAUGUGAAGAAAUUCAUCUGGAAAAACAUCAUCUGCCGCCACGGACUACCCUACGAAAUCGUCACUGAUAAUGGUCCUCAGUUUAUCUCCGACGUAUUCGAAGACUUCUGCGCCAAAUGGAAAAUACGGCUAAGCAAGUCUACACCGCGAUACCUACAAGGAAACGGACAAGCCGAGGCAACCAACAAGACUAUCCUCGACGGCAUCAAGAAAAGACUCGAAGCUAAGAAAGGUUUAUGGGCAGACGAGUUAGACGGAGUUCUACGGUCACAUCGAACUACACCACGACGAUCGACGAACAAAACUCCCUUCUCAUUGUCUCACGGCAUGAAAGCCUUAGCUCCUGCCGAGGUCGGUUUACCGAGCAUACGCAGAACAAUGCUGACACAAGACAGCAAAAGGAACGGAAGAAUGAUAAAGGAUAGCCUCGACAUGCUCGAGGAGGAGCGAAAUCGCGCUUUAUUACGCAUGCAAAACUAUCAGCAGCAGAUCGCACGUUACUACAACAAACGAGUGAAAGGUAGGCACUUCGAAACUGGCGACCUCGUUCUUCGCAAAGUGUUCGAGAACACCGAAGAAUACCGCGCCGGAAAGCUAUGCGCAAAGAGGGAAGGCCCCUACCAAAUCACCAACGUUGUAAAACCUGACGUUUACGAGCUAAUGACGAUGGACGGCGAAAUGAUACCUCGAUCAUGGAACUCGAUGAACAUUAAGCGGUAUUACUACUAA